CUAGAGGCCCCGCCCGCGCGCCCCUUGCUCAGGCCACUCGGGUUUCACCCGGCCAUGGUUCGCUUGGCUCUGCUGUGCGUCCUCUGGGGCUGCUUGCUGACAGCCGUCCACCCGGAAGCAUCUUUUGCAUGCACAGAAAAUCAGUUCCUGCUAAACGAUGUGUGCUGUGAUUUGUGCCCACCAGGAAAGAAGCUGGUGGAUGAAUGCACAGAGUUCAAGAACACGGAAUGUCGUAGCUGUCAAAAAGGCGAAUUCCUAGACACCUGGAACAGAGAGAGACGCUGUUAUGUCCACAGACACUGCGACCCCAAUCUAGGGCUCUGGGUCCAGAAGGAGGGCACCGCAGAAACAGACACCACUUGUGUCUGUGAGGAAGGCCGACACUGCGCUAGUGACACCUGCGAGCACUGUGAUCUGCACACCUCCUGCGGCCCUGGGUUUGGGGUCAAGCAGCUGGGUACGGCUACUUCUGAUACCAUCUGUGAACCUUGCCCGAAUGGCUUCUUCUCCAAUGUGUCAUCUGCUUUUGAAAAGUGUCACCCUUGGACAAGCUGUGAGAACGAAUACCUGGUGGAGCUACGGGCAGGAACUAACAGAACUGAUGCUGUCUGUGGUUUCCAGAAUCGGAGUCGAGUCCUUCUGGUGAUCCCCAUCAUUAUCGGGAUCCUAAUUUUCAUCUUCUUGAUGUCUUCUGUGUACUUCACUGGGUUCCCAGGAAAGGUGUUCAGGAAGCCGGAGGUUAAGGCCGUCAGUUAUAAGCCUGAGAGGCAAUUGCCUGUGGAAUGGCCCGACGGGGACGAUUUUCUUGGCCACAACACUGCUGCUCCAGUGCAGGAGACUUUGCACGGAUGCCAGCCAGUUACCCAGGAGGAUGGCAAGGAGAGUCGCAUCUCAGUGCAAGAGAGACUGUGAGACGGUGCCUACCGAGGACAUGGCAGCCUGGGCACAGAGUACCAGGCUGCAGAGCCUGGAGCUUCUGCGGUGGUGGGAGCGUGAAGAGGAGAGGCUCGCUCUGACCAGGCACAGGCCCUCUGCCCGCACCACUGGAGUCUGAGGGCAGCCCUAGGCUCAGCAUGAGACGCGGGACACAGUUCAGCUCCGAGAACCUCACGUGCCAGUUCCGGAGCCCAGCCAACUUCCCUGCUUGCUUUUAAAGAUGGAGGAAGAACUCUGGCGUUGGGGAAAUACAGGAACGCCCACCCACCCUGCCAACCCGACUGAGCAGUUUGGUGACUGGGCCUGGACCGUGUGAUUUCCAUCAGCCCAGUCACAGACGCCGAUGCCCACUGCAGUGUUGUUUGUCAUUGUGAAAAACUGGUGACCACCUGGCAGUCCAUUUGCAGGGGACUUGCUGGAUAGUAUUGUAAUACAUUUAUACAACAGGAUCUCAGAAACACUGCCACAGGAGAAAAAAGACUGGGUGACAGAUAUGGAAACUCCGAAGCAAUAUGCCGCAUACACUAUAUAUAAAAACAAUAGUGUAUACGAUAUUGUGUACAUAUUGAUAUAUAAAAAUAGAGGAAUUGUGAGUAUAUGUAUAAAAAUAA